AUGAAGAGGAGUAGAGAUACUGAGAAGAGAUCAGAGAUAAACUCUGCCAUUGAAGAGCUUUCAGUUCUUGUUAUAGUCAAACCUGGAGAAAACCAUGAAGCACCAGCUGCACGCAUCCCAACCAAGCCUUUCUUAUCUCUAUGUUACAUGAUUCUACAAGUUCUUGAUAAGGUAGGCCCGACAAUGGUUGUUAUUAGACAAGACAUUGACCAGAAUAUUAAGAGAUUGGAAGCUAUGUAUGAAUCAAACCCUUUAAUCAAUUCAAAUUUGGUUGAGAUAUUGAAAUCAGAAACUAGCAAAGGCAUUGCAAAGAAGAGGAUCAGUGGCAGUAAAUCCUUUGUUUGGCUUACUAGAUCCUUGGAUCUCACAUCAGCAUUGUUACAAGCAUUACUAGUAAAAGAUCCUAAAAAGAAUAUGGAACAAGCUGUUCAAGAGUCUUAUGAUGCAACUUUGAAACCAUGGCAUGGAUGGAUUUCAUCUGCGGCUUUCAGAGUUGCUAUAAAGCUAGUACCUGACACUAAAACUUUCAUGGAUCUCAUCGGUGAAAAAGACGAAGACUGUGACACCCUAAUGGAGAAAAUGCAGAUUUUGGUUUCUUUGCUAGUGCCAUUUCUGGAGGAUAUCCAUUGUAUUCUAAAAGCGUAUAAAUUGGAUAGGCUUAAAUCAAACUGA